UGUUGGAGAAAGGCUAUGGCGGCGCUGGUCGUGGUUGUGUCCUCGGUGGCGCAGGUGCGCGGUUUCCUGCAGCGCUGCUGGGGGCAGCUGUGGCGGGCCCUCCCCGACGCCGGCCAGACCUGGGCACCAGCAUUGGCUGUUCAGGCUCCAGCUGCUCUUCCUGAGCUAGCGGAAGAUGUAGGUGAAAGUAAUCAUGCUCCAAGCUUCUUGGAUAACAUUUUUUGGCUAGCAGCUCCCAAGUCGAGGCGGACCAUUGAGGUAAACCGCUGCAGGAGACGAAACCCCCGUAACAUGAUAAAAAUCAAGACAAAUAUAGAUGUUUGUCCUAAAUGUGGCAAUGUGAAACUGAAGCAUGUCCUUUGUAAAUACUGUUAUACAAAGGUUCAAAUGGAAACUUCUCUCAUAAGGGCUGAAAUAAAGAAAAAGGAAGGAGGACCAUUUAAUACACCCACUGUAGAGACUCUAGUUUUGUAUCAAGGAGAGAAACCCAGAAAACAAGAUCAAGGCAAACGGAUCAUUGAAAGAAACAGGAAACGUCCAUCCUGGUUCCCACUGAACUGAUGCCACAAAACUAUAGAACCUCAUGGUAACAAAACAGUCCAUACAUCAGGAAAGAAGAAGAUGUUUCCCAAUAAUAUUUUCAUUUUUUAGUUUAUUUAAUGCCAAAGUAGAAACUGUCAUCCUUUGAAAUCUGCUUCAUGAGCAUUUCCUUUCAUGUUAGAUCAUCAGAGCCAUCAAAAUACAGAAAAUUAGGAACAUGUUGGGGUUGGGAAGACCAUUUUUGUGCAUUAAGUACUAUAUAUUGUUGUAAUGCUGUCUUGAUGUUUUUGUAAAUUUAAGUUGUCCUUUUUAUGACCAUGAAACAGCAUAAAAACAUCAUAAGUGUAAAAUAAAGUAUAUAUAGCUCUAUA